AUGUCAAGCCCUCAUGUAUCUCCUUCAGCAGCAGAUGCACUGAAGGCAACAACCUUGGUAUUUGGGGGUCAUAUCGGCACACAGAGCAAGAAAUCACUGCAGAAGUCAGUAAACCAAUUUCUUACCGGACACAACGCAAAAUGGAUCCUAGAAACUGUCGCCGACCUGCCAGUAUACUGGGAAGCCUUGGUUAAGCACAUUCCCGAGGCAUCCGGCGUUAUAAAAGGACCAGAGAUUCUACGCGACUUGGACUCAUGGCUGCGAAACGGUAUCUCGCCCGACGAUUUGAUCGGCCAGGAAGAGGAGCUUCCCAAUAUUUUGAUUGGUCCGCUCAUGGUGGUUAUCCAACUCGACCAGUAUUGGCGGUAUCUGGAAUUCCGGCUGGGGCAUGUUGAAUUCAAGGAUCCCCAAGCAGAGCUUGUUCGACAACAACAGCAGACUACUCGCCCGAUUGAGACGCUGGGUUUCUGCGCCGGUCUGAUUGCUGCGGUAGCGGCGGCGAGCUCCCAUGAUCGGAGUGAAUUUGAAAAAUAUGGUGCAGUCGCACUUCGUCUCGGCAUGCUGAUGGCGGCACUCGUGGAUGUGCGAGAGGCCAGGGACAAAGCUGCAGGCAAAGGAGGCUCCAUAUCCUUCGGACUGGCGUGGCGUAGCGGGACCAAGCAAAUUGAUGAUAUGGUCAGAAUCGUGUCGUCGCUAUCACCAGACGCGUAUAUCUCAGUGCUUUUUGAUGAGGCACGCGCCACAUUGACAACCUCGGAGCGUCUAGCGCCAACAUUACUGCGGAAGCUUCGGGCAGCCGGUGUGACAGCGGUCCCAUUGGCAUUCAAGGGUCAUCUGCAUGCACCAGGAGCAGAGCGGAAGCGACAUACAGAGGCGUUGAUCGAGAUGUGCCACAGCCAACUGUACAAAGACCAGCUCCAGUUUCCGACCACCGCAGAUCAACUAGCACUUCCGACGUACAACAAUUCAGCAGAUGGGAGGCAAAUACAGUUAGAUGAAAUUGAUCUCACUGGAAUGGUUCUGCGAGCGAUCUUAACCCAGCAGUUCAAGUGGGCUGGGACAGUCUCUAAGCUGCAGUCGUCGUCGCCGUCAGCAUCCGAAAUCUCACUGGUGGCAUUCGGACUAGACCGGUGUAUUCCACCAACCAUUAUGCGGAAAUUUGGAUGGAAGCACGUAUACUAUGAAGAGCUCGAGGGUCAAAUUGAGAGCCACAGGGUUGAAAAAGCUUCGUUGGUGUCAACGAAUUCCAAAGACUCGGCGAAUGGAGACAAGCACGGCAAUCCAACGGGUUUGUCGGCUGGGAAAAGCUCAUCGGAGUUCACAGAGACUGAGAAAGACACCGAAGAAGCCAUCGCCAUUGUAGGAAUGUCCAUAAAAGUUUCUGGCGCCGACGAUGUGGAGGAGUUCGCGAACAUGCUCAAGACGGGCCAGUCGCAGCACGAAAUGAUCACCCCCGACCGUAUGAUGCAGGAUAUGCUGUUCCGUGACGCAGCAGGCCUGAAAGGGAAGAAGUACUAUGGUGACUUCGUACGCGACGCGGAUGCAUUCGACCAUAAGUUUUUCAAACGUAGCCCGCGCGAGUCGCAGGCUAUGGACCCACAAUGCCGGCUGUCCCUCCAGGCGGCUUAUCAGACCGUAGAGCAGUCGGGAUACUUCACCGAACCCAAGCCAAAGAACCCCAAAGAACACAUUGGCUGCUAUCUUGGUAAUAUUGCCUGUCAUGAGCCGAGCGCAUUUACAGCCACCGGUGGCCUGCGAAGUUUCAUUACAGGCCGAAUCGCCCACUUCUUCGGAUGGACAGGCCCGGCGAUGACGUUUGAUACGGCAUGCUCGUCGUCUACUGUAGCUGUUCACACAGCUUGUCGUAAUAUCCUUACUGGAGACGCGACAGCAGCGCUGGUUGGUGGUGCCAAUAUCAUGACCAGUAUGCAGUGGAUGCAGAAUCUCGGGGCUGGUAGCUUCCUAAGUCCCACAGGGCAGUGCAAACCAUUUGACGCCGAUGCCGACGGAUACUGCCGAGCGGAAGGGGUCGCGUUUGUUUUCCUUAAGAAACUAUCUGACGCAAAGGCAGCAGGUAACACAAUACUGGGAACGAUCCGAGCUACAGCAGUUUACCAGAAUCUGAAUGUCACGCCCCUUUUUGUACCGAAUGUACCGUCGUUGUCACAGUUAUUCAAAGAUGUGAUUCGCAAGGCUGGUGUCGACCCGGCCGAGAUUUCUUUAGUCGAGGCUCAUGGCACUGGUACAGCAGUUGGUGAUCCGGCGGAGUAUGACAGUGUCAAGCUGGCGAUAGCUAGCCCAAAGCGCGACAAGAAUGUGGCCGUUGGCUCAGUUAAAGGUCAUGUUGGCCAUACCGAAGGCGCAUCUGGAGUGGUCGCACUGGUGAAAGUGCUUAUGAUGAUGCGGGACGGCUUCAUUCCUCCACAGGCCAGUUUCAAGCGUAUCAAUCCAAAUAUCAAUGCGUCGCCGACCGAUAUGAUGGAGGUGGUGACUACACUACGACCGUGGUCGUCUGAGCACAAGACUGCUUUACUGAACAACUAUGGUGCGUGUGGUUCUAACGCUAGUCUGGUGUUGGACUACUCAGCGAACAAUCCGACCGUACAAAAUCGCUUGUUGGCUGAGACAACAGCUCCGCAACCUUUCUGGAUCCCUGGGUUCGACAGUCGCAGCGUCGCCACAUAUAGCAAAACGCUUGCCCAGUACCUCCACUGUCAUGCUGGAGACAAAAAAGCCACUUUGUCUGACAUCGCAUUCAACUUAGCCCGACAAUCCAAUCCUGGUCUAGCGCAAGGCUUGAUCUUCAGCUGCAAGUGCCUGGAGGAGCUACAAGAAAAGCUUGCACAAGCCGCCGUGGCUACAAAGGAAACGGCUGCAGUCAGCGGUAUUACGGUAUCGAGGACGGAGCGCCCAGUUGUCCUUUGCUUCGGCGGCCAAGAGUCGAAAUUUGUCGGUUUAGACCCCGUGCUAUACGAAGGGAUAACUAUUCUGCGCCAACACUUGGCUGCGUGCGAUGCGGCUGUGAAGGCGGCUGGUUUUUCAAGCAUUUUCCCUGCCAUAUUCUCGCGCGAGCCAAUCACAGACGUGGUUCAGCUCCAAAUAGCACUAUUUGCCAUGCAGUAUGCAAGCGCCCGUUCAUGGAUGGACUGCGGGCUAGACUCGAAGGUUGUCUCGGUUGUAGGAUACAGUUUUGGCGAGAUCACUGCGCUGUGUGUGGCCGGGGUGUUAAGUCUUGAGGAUACAGUGCGACUGGUUGCUGGACGCGCGAAGCUGGUUCGUGAUGCCUGGGGACCGGAUUCAGGGGCAAUGAUGGCCGUUCAGGCCGAUGAGUUACUUGUACAUGAUCUGCUCGAACUGACCAAUCUCACAAGUGAUGGCUCCGCGUGUAUCGCCUGCUACAACGGCCCUCGCAGCUUUACACUGGCCGGUACUACUCAGGAUAUUGAUGCUGUGGCUGCAACACUCGCUGAGAAUAGUAAAUUUUCAUCAGUCGGCAUCAAAAGCAAGCGCCUGAAUGUGACCAACGCGUUUCACUCUGUUCUUGUUGAGAGGCUCCUCGGUGGACUCGGAAAAGUCGGCAAAACUCUUACUUUCAAGCAAUCAGUUAUCCCCAUUGAACGGACAACUGAGAAUGAAUCGACAGCCCCACUGGACUGGACGUUUGUGCCGUCCCACAUGCGCCAACCUGUCUUCUUUAACCGUGCUAUCCAGCGACUAUCGAAGAAACAUCCAGAAGCUAUCUUCCUCGAAGCUGGCUCCAACUCGACAAUCACCGUUAUGGCGAGCCGUGCUUUGGCCCAGACUACUUCUGCCGAUCCCAACAAACUUGCUUUCAGGGCGGUCUCAAUAAAUAACACUGACAAGGGCCUCGAUGGACUAACGGAUGCUACAGUCGCACUGUGGAAGCAAGGCUUGCGUGUAUCCUUCUGGCUGCAUCAUCCUUCUCAAGCUCAGGAAUACAAACAGUUGUUGUUACCACCGUAUCAGUUCGAGAAGUCGCGUCAUUGGCUGGACGUCAAGUCGCCGACGGAGCUUGUCACCAAGGCAGCCCAGGCUAUGAUCGAGGCUGGAGGGUAUUCCGUAGGUAAAUCUUCUGUCGCUCAAGUUGAUGGCGAACAAAGCCUGUCUACCUGGACCUUCAUCGGUUAUCAAGUAGCCGAAAAGAGCAAGAAGCUGGCGCGUUUUCGUAUCAAUACCGACUCCGAUGCCUACCAACGCCUUUUUGCAUCUCACGUUAUUGCCCAAACAGCGCCAAUCUGCCCGGCCACCCUCGAGAUUGAUAUGGCCAUCGAGGCUCUCUUUAGCCUCAACUCUGAUUGGCGGGCAUCUGGUUAUUCACCCACGGUGCAGGAUCUCAUUAGUCACGCACCAGUUUGUGCCGACUCGACCCGUGCUUUCUACAUGGAUUUGUCCCCACUCGACAGUACUGAGGCCAGAUGGAACUUCAAACUACACAGUGUUGGUAGCAACGGCGAUUCCCAACCCCACGCCGAGGCCGUGAUGCACAUGCGCGCCCCAACUGAUUCUUCCUUUUUGCAAGAGUUUGCUCGCUACGAGCGGCUGAUUAGCCAUUCACAGUGCCAAUCCUUGCUCAAACUCAAUCUCGACGAUGGCGAUGUUGAAGUUUUGCACGGUCGCAAUGUGUACCGCGCAUUCAAUGAGGUUGUUGACUUCGGCCCGGUCUAUCGUGGCGUUAAAUAUGUUGUCGGGCACCUUGGCGAGAGUGCUGGUGUCGUCCAUAAACGUCAUGAGGGUCAGACUUGGCUUGAUGUCCCGAUGAGCGACUCUUUUGGCCAAGUUGCUGGCAUUUAUGUGAAUCUGUUGACUGAUGAACUACCAUCAACGGAUAUGUUUAUUGCCACUGGCUGUGAGCUGGUCAUGCGAUCUCCCAAGGCUCGGAUAGAAAUUUCCGGCCAGGAGAAUGGCCCCGGCGUCUGGCAUGUCCUCGCACGACACGCGCGCCAUUUGGAGAAGGCAUACACGACAGAUGUCUUUAUCUUCGAUGCCGCCACAGGUACCCUGACCGACGUCAUGUUAGGCCUGCGGUAUGCGCGUGUCUCCAAGGCUUCAAUGAGUAAGAUUCUCUCGCGCUUCACCACGAAUCAAGCAUUCCUUAGAAAGCCGGCUUCGAUCACACCAACUACCACUACUGUUGUUGCACCUACCCCUUCAAUCGCAAUCGCAGCCCCUACUCAAGACAACACUACCAUUUUGAUCAAAGCUAAGAGCACAAGCCGAGUCAUCACCGAAGACGUGCGCAACCUGGUAGCUAACGUCUCCGGUGUCGAAGCCAGUGAGAUGACUCUGGCCAGCGAGAUGGCCGAUCUAGGUAUCGACUCGCUGAUGGGCAUGGAGCUAGCUCGCGAAGUCGAAACCACAUUCAAUUGCACCCUCGACCAACACGAAAUGAUGGAGGCCACUAGUCUCCGCCAAUUUGUUGCCUGUGUCUCUAAUGCGCUACGCAAGCUUGGAGAGGACAUCGGUGACAAUCUCGUUGAGCAAGAGAUAAGUGACACCAACAGUGAUACUUCUGCAGAAAAUACGUCGUCAGGAGAGGAGGACGGUAACACUAUUUCUGAUCUCUCCACGCCUGACCCAGAAGCGGCGGCUGCUUUUUUCAAGCAUGUCUCACUCCCAACCGUUCCUUCCUUCCGGGAUCGCGAUCUUACCAUAUCGCGCUCCGACAUCCUUGAGUGCUUUGGCCAGGUGAAACUGACGACUGAUGACAAGAUUCGUGAAUUUAAACUCGCCGAUAUAGCCAAUGUUAGUCUGUCUGGAAGCAACAGACUCUGCACGGCCUUGGUCGUCGAGGCUUUCGACAAGCUCGGGUCCCCCCCUACGAACCGCCAGUCCAGGACAAGUCAUACUCGCAUGAUGGACUUUAUUUACGAAUUCCUUGAGCAUGAUGCUCGUUUGAUAGAUGUUGACCCAACCACAAAGCAAAUAACGCGUACGCACAAUGCGGUGCCGCGCAAAAGCAGCACUGCCCUGCUUGCGGAAAUAGUUGCCGCACACCCAGAGUCCGCCAUCCCGAAUCGCCUUGCGAACUAUGCUGGUAAUCAUCUUUCUGGUGUACUCACCGGUACUACCGACGGGAUCCGUGUUAUAUUUGGUAGCGCCGAAGGUCGUCAGCUGGUGAAGGCCAUGUAUUGCGAUUAUGCCUUCAAUCGCAUGCACUAUCACCAGAUGGCAGAUGUUAUUACUCGAUUAUCCAGCCGCCUCAGCCAAGGUAACGAGACCUUGAAAGUUCUUGAAAUGGGCGGUGGAACUGGCGGCACAACAAAUGUGAUGGCUCCGCUGCCGGCAUCCCUAGGCCGCCCUGUUGAGUAUACGUUUACGGACCUUUCACCAUCCAUGGUGGCCAACGCCCGUCGGAAAUUUGCCAAGGAGUAUCCGUUUAUGCGAUUCGCUGUCCACGACAUCGAAAAGGCUCCAGCUGAGGAUAUCCGAGGACAGCACAUAGUUCUGGCUAGCAAUGCCAUUCACGCCACCCAUAGCUUGCUUGUAUCCACAAAAAACACAAGACUGGCGCUGCGUCCUGAUGGCCUCCUCAUGGUCUUGGAAAUGACUGAAAGUCUACCCUUUGUGGACAUUGUGUUCGGUCUUCUUGAAGGCUGGUGGCUAUUCGAUGACGGUCGUACACAUGCUGUUGUCCCUGCCGAACACUGGGAGCACACUCUCCACGCCGCCGGCUUUGGUCAUGUCGAUUGGACCGACGGUAAUCGACCAGAGAAUGCCUUCCAGAAGGUUAUCAUUGCCUUGGCUGCGGGACCACAAGAGUCUCGUCUCCCGGCAAGGAUCGAACCUCAGCAAACCAUCGAAGCGAUUGAUAGAGGCGAUGUAGUCGCCCGCGAAGCUGAGGCCGAACGACUUGUCGCCUCUUUCACCGAUGGUUGGGUGACGCCACCUCUUGAUUCUGCAACUAUAGCUGCCUCUCACACCCUUUCCCCAGCUGUAGUGAUUGUCACCGGCGGAACCGGUAGCCUUGGUGCUCACCUUGUGCAGAGCUUGGCGGAGCGCCCCGAUGUUUCCACUGUUGUCUGCAUGAACCGUCACUCUACAGUCCCAGGCGAUCGACGCCAGUCUGAAGCUUUUUCCUCUAGGGGCAUUACUCUCUCAUCCAACGCCCAAAAGAAGCUGAGAAUUUACGAUACUGACACUGCCAAGUCACAGCUCGGCCUCUCAACUCAAGAAUACGCCUGGCUGACCGCAAAUGUCACCCACAUUGUGCACAAUGCUUGGCCUAUGAGUGGCACGCGUCCCAUCAAAGCAUUUGACCCCCAAAUGCGUACAAUGCGCAAUCUGCUGGACUUGGCGAGGGAGAUGGCUCUGAGAAAUCCAAAUACACGCAUUGGCUUCCAAUUUGUAUCCUCGAUCGGCGUAGUCGGUUUAGCUGAUACAUCUUCUGGCCCACGCAUCGCUGAAGAUCGUGUACCUAUAAGUGCUGUCAUGCCUGGUGGCUACACCGAUGGUAAGUGGGUGCACGAGCGUAUGCUUGACCAGACCCUACACCGAUACCCGCAUCUUUUCCGAGCUACCGUCACGCGGCCCGGUCAAAUAGCUGGCUCCAGUCACAGUGGCUUCUGGAACCCAGUCGAGCACUUUGCAUUUCUCAUUAAGAGUUCGCAGGCUCUACGCGCAUUCCCCGAUUUCCGCGGCACCCUGCAAUGGCUACCAGUCGACCGCAGCGCAGCUGUUAUGGUCGACCUGUUGAAACUAGAAAAUGACAGCGAACCGGCCUACUCUGCAUACCACAUUGACAACCCGGUCGGUCAGCCUUGGGAGAGUAUGUCACUCGUUCUUUCCGCAGCUCUCGGCAUUCCUCCGCAGAAUGUUAUCCCCCAUGCUGACUGGAUCAAACUUGUGCGCCGCUCGCCACUAUCGACUGACGAGAAUACGGCUGCUCGCAUCGUGGACUUCCUUGAUGGUCACUUUGAGCGCAUGUCUUGCGGUGGCAUAAUUCUUGACACUCAGAAAGCGAAAAAGCACUCGGCCGUCAUGGCCGCUGAAGGCCCUGUAAGUGAUGACAUCGCGCGCGCCUAUGUGGCAUCCUGGAAAUCGAUGGGCUUUCUCAAAUAG